CUCGCCACAACACUUCGCACCAGCUCCCGCGCUGCAGACUCCAGCCACACUCCAGCCUAGCGCCAUGGCCCCUCCCACCUGCCGGCUCCUCACUGCUGCGCUGGUCCUGCUGCUGCUGCUGGCCACCAACCACCAGGCUACAGGGGCUGUUGUGGCCAGUGAGCUGCGCUGUCAGUGCCUGAACACCCUACCAAGGGUUGAUUUUGAGACCAUCCAGAGCUUGAUGGUGACGACCCCAGGACCCCACUGCACCCAGACAGAAGUCAUAGCCACUCUCAAGAAUGGUCAAGAAGUUUGCCUCAACCCCCAAGGCCCCAGGCUUCAGAUAAUCAUCAAGAAGAUACUGAAGAGCGGCAAGUCCAGCUGAGCCAGGAAAGGAGGAAGCCCCUCGCCAUGAUGAAGGACCUGCAUUCUAAAUGAGAGAAAAGCGAUCCAUCCUAACAGCGACUGGAUGCGUCUCCACCUGCUUGUUUUGAACAACUCCUGAGAGUUCAUACCUAUUUUAUUUCACAUGUAAAAUAACUAAGGGUAUAAUUGAAUCUACUUGCAAGAUGGCAUCCUAUUUAAUGUUUAUUUAAUAUCAAGUCUAAGUUUAACCAAGCCUACUCUUAACUUGAAGGUUAGAGAUUUUCAGAUUCUGUCAGGGAUUUAUAUUACUAUUUCUGAGGCAGUAUUCCUUGGCUGGCCAUUUUGGUGGCAGCUGGGAUAGUCAAGAAACAGACAAACAAGGUCAUGUCGGUGUAGGAAAAAUGCAUGUGCACAUCUAGGUUUGUAACUAUACAAGAUUAUCAAUUGUUAUUUAUUGAAAUGUUUUACAGUGUCACAUGAAUCAUCAACUUUGUGUUAAAGCUUUAAGAAUUGUAAUGCAUUAUAUAUUUCUUAGACAUUUUAAGUGAUUUUUUUUAAAUAAGGCACAGUGACUAUUUAAUGCUUCUAUGUCUUAGAAUGGAGAAGUUUAAAUAUUUAUUGGUAUUUUUACAAAUAAUUUGAAAAUAAAAUAUUUUAAAA